CAUCUUCCCAUUCCAACAUUGGGUGCUUGUUUGGUGUAUUGAUACUCACAAAGGAAAGAGAGGAGUUGAAUUGAGUAGCGAAGAUGAGCGGCGUUGAGGGGUCUCCAGGGAGCUCGAUGCAUGGGGUGACAGGGAGAGAGCAAACCUUUGCGUUCUCCGUGGCAUCCCCAAUUGUCCCAACGGAUACAACAGCUAAAUUUGCAUUACCAGUGGACUCCGAGCACAAGGCCAAGGUGUUCAAGCUCUUCUCCUUCGCCAACCCCCACAUGAGAACCUUCCACCUUUCUUGGAUUUCCUUCUUCACUUGCUUCGUCUCCACCUUCGCCGCCGCCCCUCUUGUCCCCAUCAUCCGUGAUAACCUCAACCUCACCAAAGUCGACAUUGGCAACGCCGGCGUCACCUCCGUCUCCGGCAGCAUCUUCUCUCGUCUUGUCAUGGGCGCCGUCUGCGACCUUCUCGGCCCUCGCUACGGCUGCGCCUUUCUCAUCAUGCUCUCCGCCCCCACCGUCUUCUGCAUGUCCUUCGUCUCCGACGCCGCUGCGUCGGACUUUGCGGCGCGAUACUUCGGGAUGAGGGGAAGGCUGUGGACUCUAUGGAUCCUGCAGACAUUCGGGGGAGUGUUCUGCAUGUGGCUAGGGAAGGCGGACAAGCUCCCAACAGCCAUAGCGGCAAUGAUAUUGUUCUCAAUAGGAGCACAGGCUGCGUGUGGAGCCACAUUUGGGAUCAUUCCCUUCAUUUCUAGGCGGUCUCUAGGGAUCAUAUCAGGGCUGACAGGAGCAGGAGGGAACUUUGGGUCUGGCUUGACUCAGUUAGUGUUCUUCUCAACCACCAAAUACUCCACGGACAAAGGGCUGUUCUUGAUGGGGAUAAUGAUUGUGUGUUGCACUCUUCCAGUCACUUUGGUUCACUUCCCUCAAUGGGGAAGCAUGUUCUUACCCCCAACCAAACACGUUGAGAAGUCCACUGAGGAAUUCUAUUACGGCGCUGAAUGGACUGAGGAUGAAAAGAAGAAGGGUUUGCACCAACAAAGCAUCAAGUUCGCUGAGAACAGCCGGUCUGAACGUGGAAGGCGCGUUGGCUCAGCCCCAACCCCACCAAACACCACUCCUUCCCAUGUUUGAACAAUCAAACAACUUCCCUCAACUCCCAACUUGGCUAUCAUCACAAUAUAUCUAUAUUUUACUAUUUUGUAUAUCUAUUUUACUAUUUCCUUCUCAAAUGGAUCCAUUGGGGAGUUUUUUAGUAUAUUCUGUGAAUCUUCUUUGUACCAAAAAAGAGUGAUGAAAUGAGUAUUAUAAUGGCUCAAUGGCGUUUCGUGAUUGGAUCCAAAUUGAUAUUAAAUGUAGUUUUUGGUGAUAUCAUUAUGGGGAAAGCUUGAUAUUAAUUGGAA